AAAGAUAGUAACGCCGUUAAGGAGGCGCUGGACCAGUUGAGGGAAGUUGGUUGGGCCAAGAAAUGGAGUUCUCAGCCGUAUGUAUCCCGCCGUACGACUACUCUCCGGGAGCUGACAACGCUUGGAAUUAAAAAUGCGGAGAAUCUUGCUAUUCCUAGUGUCAGAAAUGAUGCAGCUUUCCUUUUCACUGUGGUGGGUACGACUGGAUUCUUGGGCGUCCUUGCAGGGCAGCUUCCUGGGGAUUGGGGCUUCUUUGUGCCAUACUUGAUUGGCAGCAUAUCGCUAAUUGUUUUGGCUGUUGGAAGCAUUUCUCCUGGGCUUCUUCAAGCUGCCAUAGAUGGCUUUUCAUCAUUUUUUCCUGAUUAUCAAGAACGAAUUACUGGACAUGAAGCUGCACAUUUCUUGGUUGCUUACUUGCUUGGACUUCCUAUUCUGGAUUAUUCACUUGACAUUGGAAAGGAGCAUGUCAAUCUCAUUGACGAAAGGCUAGAAAAAUUGAUAUAUAGUGGUCAGCUUGAUGAUAAGGAACUUGACAGGUUGGCAGUGGUGGCAAUGGCUGGACUUGCAUCCGAAGGUUUAAAAUAUGAUAAAGUGGUUGGCCAAUCUGCUGAUCUCUUCACUCUGCAG